CGUCUGCGUCCGCGGCAGCCACACUAAUUUGGGUCCGCUUUUCGUUUCCACUUCCGUUUUCUUUUCUUUUCGUGUUUCUACGCCAGCAAGAUGAAAAUUGGCUUGUGCGCAUUCAGCGGGUACAAAAUCUACCCCGGCCAUGGCAAGACCAUGGUUAAGGUCGAUGGCAAGUCCUUCACCUUCCUGGACAAGAAGUGCGAGCGCUCCUACCUGAUGAAGCGCAAUCCCCGCAAGGUUACGUGGACCGUGCUGUACCGCCGCAAGCACCGCAAGGGUAUCGAGGAGGAGGCUUCCAAGAAGCGCACCCGCCGCACCCAGAAGUUCCAGCGCGCCAUCGUCGGUGCCUCGCUGGCCGAGAUCUUGGCCAAGCGUAACAUGAAGCCCGAGGUUCGCAAGGCUCAGCGUGAGCAGGCCAUCAAGGUGGCCAAGGAGCAGAAGCGUGCCACCAAGGCCGCCAAGAAGGCUGCCGCCCCCGCGCCCGCCAAGAAGUCCGCCCCCAAGCAGAAGGCCCAAAAGGUCACCCAGAAGGCCGCCCCCCGCGUCGGAGGCAAGCGGUAAACACCUCUUCUCGCCGGUAGUGAUGUGCUAAAGUUAAUCCAGGAUUUAAGGAACAAGAAGUGAAUAAAAAAUUAAACAAACGCCGCGAAUGCAAAUUCGUGGUGACAAAAAAACUUUCCGCGUGUUUUAAUCCUACCAAUCUUGGCUUUUAAAGUGAAGAAAUAUAUGAAUCACCCAUGUAGUGAUUUUACAUAUCUUUUGGAUCGGACGCCACUUUAUUUUCAAUAUAAUUGGACUUAUAUUCCAGAGCAAUGGAUUUUUGUUAUAAUUCCUCACGCCAAACACAAAUUAAAUCAGUAUAAUUUAUCAAGUUUGUUGUAUACAAACAAAUUUAAGUAAACAUUUUUGACUUUCUAUUAA